CCCCUCUACCCAAAUGACAAGCUAGCGUGUCCACCGCUAUUGCUAACUAGACCGCGGAAAUAAAGCAGCAGCGCUGAGCCUUUCAUCGUCAUUCGUAGCUUGAUAGUUGAACAUAUCGUCACAGUGGCUUCGCGCAGGCCAUUUCUCAACCAACAGUUCUUUCGGGUAGCAGGUCCGGAGCAGCCGGGGGCGCGACCAGGAGCAGCCGCCACAAGUUAGACGAGAAGUUAACAUUCGUAGUUGUUUUGUUUGACAGCUAACUGUUAUAUCGCUAACUAGCUUGUCUGCUUGCUCACCGGCGUCAGGUUCAAAGCAAAGUUGCGAUCGCACGGUCACGAUUGUCUCUCUCUUUACGAUAACCGUCCUCCGCUGAUCUUUAAACGACAACAGACAGAUAACGCGACACUGCUGACUUUGUGUUGAUUUCAAAGCUGUCAGCAGAUUGUGCUGCGUGGAGACUAUUAUCUUGUUAGUGUACAGCCAGGCAGCUCUGUGCGUAAAACACACGUAACUUGCGUUCUUAUCUUGGAUUUAAAUGUCCGAAAAGAGCUCAUCGUCCGGCUCGGAUGAAGAUGUGGACCCAGAAUCUGUGCAACCUGUGGAGCUGGGAGGCGUUUUGAGCAAGUGGACCAAUUACAUCCAUGGAUGGCAGGACCGAUGGGUUGUGUUGAAGAACAAUACUUUGAGCUACUACAAGUCUGAGGAUGAAAGGGAAUAUGGCUGCAGGGGAUCUUUGUGUCUCAGCAAGGCUGUCAUCACACCCCAUGAGUUUGACGAGUGUCGUUUUGACAUCAGUGUCAACGACAGCGUUUGGUACCUCCGAGCAGAAGACCCUGAGCACAGACUCCAGUGGAUCGAGUCCAUUGAGUUGCACAAGGCGGAGUCCGGGUAUGGGUCCGAAUCUAGUCUGAGGCGUCAUGGUUCCAUGUUGUCUCUUACCUCAGCAGCCAGUGCCUUGUCCGCCACGUCCACAUCCUCCUUCAAGAAGGGUCACAGGCUAUGUGAGAAGCUAGCAGAGAUGGAGACCUUUCGGGACAUUCUUUGCAGACAAGUGGACACGCUGCAGAAAUACUUUGACUCCUGCGCUGACGGUGUCUCCAAAGAUGAAUUUCAGAGGGACCGAGUGGACGAGGAUGAAGACGACUUUCCUGCUGCCUCAAAAGCCGAUGGUGAUUGUCAUCACAACAAUAAUGGCAGCAAAGAGAAACUGUUCGCCCCGGCCAGUCCUAAAGGCAUCAAUGGCAUAGACUUCAAGGGGGAGGCCCUCACCUUCAAAGCCACAACAGCCGGCAUCCUUUCCACUAUGUCACACUGCUUAGAGCUGAUGCUCAAACGAGAGGACAGCUGGCAGAAGAGACUGGACAAGGAGCUGGAGAAGAGAAGAAGAGUGGAAGAUGCCUACAAAUCUGCUGUGUACGAACUAAAGAAAAAGUCGCAAUACGGCGGUCCUGACUAUGAGGAGGGGCCCAACAGUCUGAUCAAAGAGGAUGAGUUCUUCGAUGCAGUGGAAGCUGCCCUCGACAGACAAGACAAGAUAGAGGAGCAGUGCCAGUCAGAGAAGGUCAGGAUCCCCCGACUGACUCCAGUCCCCCCAGGCGAUGUCUUUUCCAGCAUCGGCACACACCGCUUCGCUGCCAAGGCGCAUAGCUAUUCCUCUUCCCUUUCCUCUGUCGAGCUUGUCAGUGCUUCAGAUGACAUUCACAGAUUCAGCGCUCAGGUGGAGGAGAUGGUGCAGAAUCAUAUGACGUACUCUCUUCAGGACAUGGGCGGAGAUGCAAACUGGCAGCUGGUCAUCGAGGAAGGAGAGAUGAAGGUGUACAGGAGGGAAGUGGAGGAGAACGGGAUCGUGUUGGAUCCUCUCAAAGCGACACAUUCUGUCAAAGGGGUGACAGGACAUGAGGUGUGCCAUUACUUCUGGGACACUGCAGUGCGCAUGGACUGGGAGACCACAAUUGAAAACUUCAACGUCGUGGAAACGCUCUCCGACAACGCCGUUAUCGUUUAUCAGACACACAAGAGGGUGUGGCCUGCCUCUCAGAGAGACGUCCUCUAUGUGUCAGCCAUUCGGAAGAUUCUGGCGACCAAUGAAAACGAUCCCGACACCUGGCUGGUCUGCAACUUCUCUGUGGACCACGACAAAGCGCUGCCCACAAACCGCUGCGUGCGGGCCAAAAUCAACGUCGCCAUGAUCUGCCAAACUCUGGUCAGCCCACCAGAGGGCGACAAAGAGAUCAGCAGGGAUAACAUUCUGUGUCGGAUCACAUACGUUGCUAACGUCAACCCAGGAGGUUGGGCUCCGGCCUCGGUCCUGCGAGCCGUGGCCAAGAGAGAAUACCCCAAGUUCCUGAAACGUUUCACCUCCUACGUGCAGGAGAAGACGACGGGGAAGAACAUCUUGUUCUGAGAGAGAGGACAGCUUGGCCAACUUUGCAAGAAGCUGCGUGAAGUUUGCUCUCCAUGCCAGACUGAGCAGGUCCUGGAGCCUCCUGGAACACGAAGCUGGCUUGAAUCUUCAGUAUUUGUCCUUCCAGCUUCAUCUGUGGCUCAACUUCCUUUUCUUGUAGAUACUUUUUGUACAUUUCCCAUGAUUAUUACAUAUACUUGUCGUGUUUUGUUUUUUUAUUGGGGAGGGGGGCCUAACUACUAGCAUGGCCGCUACUUGUCCGCUGCUACAAACUGGAACGUCCCUUCUAGUGACGACUGCGGUCUGAGGGAAGGCCGGGCGUUUCUUUUCCCC